AUGUGCAAGGGCGACAUCCACGAGCUCCUCCUCGCGUUACCUAAAUGCGAGCAUCAUAUCCACAUCGAAGGUGCUCUCACACCACAUCUGCUUUUCAAACUUGCUGUAAGGAACAGCAUCGAUCUCGCCUGCGCUGACGAUCAAGCGUAUGCCAGCGAGGAGAAACUGCAGGCACGUUAUGGGUCCUUCGCUUCCCUCUCGGAUUUCAUCCGGUACUUCUCAUUCGGUAGCUCUGUUCUUAUAACGGCCGUUGACUUCGAGGAGUUGGCAUAUACCUACUUCGUUAAAGCCAGCGAGCAGAACGUCAAGCAUGCAGAGGUGUUCUUUGACCCACAGGCUCAUACGAGUCGCGGCGUAACUUAUGAGACCGUGGUACAAGGUCUGUCGCGUGCGAAACAGCGAGCGGAGCAGAACUUCGACAUUAGUAUCAAAUACAUCCCAUGUAUACUGCGCCACCACGGACUUGAAAGUGCGACAGGGAUGUUCGAGGAGGUCAUGGAUGCUGGCCACUUUGCAGACGGCACCGUGUGCGGACUCGGCAUGGCCGGAGAUGAACUCGUACACCCACCCGAGUACUUCGAGACAGUAUACAACGCUGCGAGGACAGCCGGGGUACGGUGCACGGCACACGUGGGCCAGGCGGGUCCAGCAACGUUCAUAUCAGCGGCGCUUGAUCAUCUCAAGACCGAGAGGGUUGAUCAUGCAUGGAUUGCGAAGACAGACAGUCAACUGAUGCAAAGACUAGCAGAGACAGAAACGCUCGUCACGCUUUGCCCAAUCUCGAAUGUCACGCUUGGUUUCAUAGGCAGCAUCGCAGAGGCACCCGUCAAGGAUUUCCUCGAUCAAGGUGUACGAUUCAGCGUUAACAGCGACGACCCGGCAUAUUUUGGAAAGUACAUCCAAGAAAACUACUGCGCUGUCCAAGAGGCAUUCGGACUCAGUAGCUCCGAUUGGAACAUCAUCGCGUUGAAUGCUGUGGAAGGGUCUUGGUGUUCAGAUGCACGGAAACAGGUCCUCAGAGAACAGGUUGCUGCGGCAAUAUCAUGCUGGCAGGCUGCACGAGAUACACAGUAG